GUAACAUUUACUAUCUAGGUUCUGAUUUAAAUGCUUUACAUAUGUUAACUUAUUUAAUCAUCAUAGCAACCCUAUGAAGUAGAUACUAUUUUUACCUCCAUUUUAUAGAUGAGGAAUCUGCAUCUCAUAGAGAUUAAAUAAUUCUCUCAAGGCCACAUAACUGGUAAGUGGUAGAACCAGGAUUCAUGCCAGGACAGUGUGGCUCAUCAUUCACUGCUUUAACCAUGCUCUGAGGUUGUGAUAGGAUAUUUAUUGGAUGUCCAAGAAAGGGUGAGGAGACAUUAGCCAUAAAUCACAGCUCUAUGAAUACAUUUUUAAAGGCAUUAGUAAAUGUGUGGAGACACUGUUGGGGUGGUGGUGGGUAAACUUCCCACUUUCACUUAUGAAAGAUUUGCUAGAAAAGGUGGGAUUUCGCCUGUUCUUAAUAGAAGAAGAGGCUUGGCUGACAGUUUGGAAUGAUCUCUCUAGGGUGUCAUGGAGCAGAACACUUAAAUCUAGGAAGAAGAGGAGUAUAUGUAUGGGGAAAUUGAAGUUGCCCAGUCUUUAUAGAGCACCUACUACAGUGGUAAACAACCUGGUAGUGAUCCCUCUGGUGGUGAUCCCUGUGCUCAGGAGCCUGUGGUCUAGCAGGCUGUAAGAAGAUGAGUCUAAUUAUAGAGAAAGGCAGGGAAAUGACUCAGAUUUAUGACAUGAACUGAAAGACAGAGUUUAAACUCAGCAUGAGGAGUGGGAGCUUGCUGAGAGAGCUGCAGCAUCUAAAGAAAGUGAUUUGUGUUACAGUAGAUGAGGCAGAUUAUAGGAGAGAGAACCCGGAAGUAGAAAGGGCAGUAGUGAGAAGUUGGAUAAUCCCCUCCAAAAAUUACCAAGGGCCAAAAAAGAAGUUGGUGGUAGAGAGGUAGUAGCAGGAUCAGUUACUUAUUAAGCACCUGCACAUGAUUCAAAAAAGGAAAAGGCAGGGUGCCUGGGUGGCUCAGUUGGUUAAGCAUUGGACUCUUGAUGUCGGCUCAGGUCGUGAUCUCAUGGUCAUGGGAUGGGGCGCUGCACUGGGCUUUGCACUGAGUGUGGAACCUGCUUGGAAUUCUCUCUCUGGCUCUCCCUUGCUCACGCUCUCUCUCUCUCAAAAUAAAUAAAUAAACAUUUAAAAAAAAAACAAAAAAGGAAAAGGCAUAAUGCCUACCCUCAAGAAAUUCAUGUUCUAGUUGUGAGUAGAGGAAACACACACAUGAAAGACACUAUAUGGAACACAUUUAAUUUGUGCUGAGGUCCAUAUCAGUGACCAGGUAUUUUCUUUCUUGUUGCUUCACCCAUCUGGACUUCAUUUCCAAGGUCACGUCAUGGUCCAGAGUAGUUGUUGAAGUUCUAACCAUUACCUCUGCAUUUCAACCAGCUGGAAGCAGAAAGGAGAAAAGAAGAGUAUGCUCCCUCCUUUUAAUGACAGCUCUCAGGAAUCAUACACACUACUUCUGUUUAUGUCCCACAGGUCACAUAGCUAUACCUAAAUGCAAAGGAAGAUGAGAAAUAUAUCAAUGCUGGGCUGCCAACUGCUCAACUGAAAUUUGGAGAUUCAUUACUAAGGAACAUGAGGAGAAGAAGUUGGGGCAUAGCAAGCAGAGCUCCAUGAACCUGCCUCCUGACAAGGCCCGGCUCCUGCGGCAGUAUGACAAUGAGAAGAAGUGGGAUCUGAUCUGUGACCAGGAACGGUUCCAGGUGAAGAAUCCUCCCCACACUUACAUCCAGAAACUCCAGAGCUUCUUGGACCCCAGCGUAACUCGGAAGAAGUUCAGGAGGAGAGUUCAGGAGUCAACCAAAGUACUGAGGGAGCUGGAGAUCUCACUUCGUACCAACCACAUUGGGUGGGUGCGAGAGUUUCUGAAUGAUGAGAACAAAGGCCUGGAUGUGCUGGUGGAUUACCUGUCCUUUGCCCAAUGUUCUGUCAUGUUUGACUUUGAGGGUCUGGAGAGUGGUGACGAUGGCGCAUUUGACAAGCUCCGGUCCUGGAGCAGGUCUAUCGAGGACCUGCAGCCACCCAGCGCCCUGUCAGCCCCCUUCACCAACAGCCUCGCUCGCUCUGCGCGCCAGUCUGUGCUCCGGUAUAGCACUCUCCCUGGGCGCAGGGCCCUGAAGAACUCGCGCCUGGUGAGCCAGAAGGAUGACGUCCACGUCUGUAUCCUCUGUCUCAGAGCCAUCAUGAACUAUCAGUACGGAUUCAACCUGGUCAUGUCCCACCCCCAUGCUGUCAAUGAGAUUGCACUCAGUCUCAACAACAAGAAUCCAAGGACCAAAGCCCUUGUCUUGGAGCUCUUGGCAGCCGUAUGUUUGGUGCGGGGAGGUCACGAAAUCAUUCUUGCUGCCUUUGACAAUUUCAAAGAGGUAUGCAAGGAGCUGCACCGCUUUGAGAAGCUGAUGGAGUAUUUCCGGAAUGAGGAUAGCAACAUCGACUUCAUGGUGGCAUGCAUGCAGUUUAUCAACAUCGUGGUGCACUCAGUAGAGGAUAUGAACUUCCGGGUCCACCUGCAGUAUGAGUUUACCAAGCUGGGGCUGGAGGAGUUCCUGCAGAAGUCAAGGCACACAGAGAGUGAGAAGCUGCAGGUGCAGAUCCAGGCAUACCUGGACAAUGUGUUUGAUGUGGGAGGUUUGUUGGAGGAUGCUGAGACCAAGAACGUGGCCCUGGAGAAGGUGGAGGAGCUGGAAGAACAUGUUUCCCAUCUCACAGAGAAGCUUCUGGACCUAGAGAACGAGAACAUGAUGCGUGUGGCAGAGCUAGAGAAGCAGCUGCUGCAGCGGGAAAAGGAACUAGAGAGCAUCAAGGAGACUUACGAGAACACGAGCCACCAGGUACACACCCUGAGGCGGCUCAUUAAAGAGAAGGAGGAGGCCUUCCAGCGCAGAUGCCACUUAGAGCCCGGGGCCCGGGGCCUGGAGUCAGUGGGCAGUGAGGCCCUGGCCCGGGUAGGCCCUGCAGAGCUGAGUGAGGGCAUGCUGCCCUCCGACCUGGACCUCCUGGCUCCAGCCCCACCACCCGAGGAGUCCCUGCCUCUGCCUCCACCGCCAGCUCCUCCCCUGCCCCCUCCACCACCCCCAUUACCAGACAAGUGUCCCCCGGCCCCACCUCUCCCUGGCGCUGCUCCCUCUGUGGUGUUGACAGUAGGCCUGUCAGCCAUUCGUAUCAAGAAACCUAUCAAGACCAAGUUCCGGCUGCCUGUCUUCAACUGGACAGCACUGAAACCCAACCAGAUCAGCGGCACUGUCUUCAGUGAACUUGAUGAUGAGAAGAUCUUGGAGGAUCUGGACCUGGACAAAUUUGAAGAACUGUUCAAGACAAAAGCCCAGGGCCCUGCCCUUGAUCUCAUCUGCUCUAAGAACAAGACAGCGCAAAAGGCCGCCAGCAAGGUGACCCUGUUGGAAGCCAAUCGUGCCAAGAACCUAGCCAUCACCCUACGCAAGGCUGGCCGCUCGGCCGAGGAGAUCUGCAGGGCCAUCCACACGUUUGACCUACAGACCCUACCAGUGGACUUCGUGGAGUGCCUGAUGCGCUUCCUGCCCACAGAGGCUGAGGUGAAGCUUCUGAGGCAAUACGAGCGGGAGCGGCAGCCCCUGGAGGAGCUGGCGGCCGAGGACCGCUUCAUGCUGCUCUUCAGCAAGGUGGAGCGGCUAACCCAGAGGAUGGCUGGCAUGGCCUUCCUGGGCAACUUCCAAGACAACCUGCAGAUGCUCACGCCGCAACUCAAUGCCAUCAUUGCAGCCUCUGCCUCUGUCAAGUCCUCACAGAAGCUGAAGCAGAUGUUGGAGAUCAUACUUGCACUAGGGAACUACAUGAACAGCAGCAAGCGAGGAGCUGUGUACGGCUUCAAGCUCCAGAGCCUGGAUCUGCUACUGGAUACCAAGUCCACUGACAGGAAGAUGACACUGCUGCAUUUCAUCGCAUUGACCGUGAAGGAGAAGUACCCAGACCUGGCCAACUUCUGGCAUGAGCUACACUUUGUGGAGAAGGCUGCAGCAGUGUCCCUGGAGAACGUGCUGCUAGAUGUGAAGGAGCUGGGCCGUGGCAUGGAGCUGAUUCGGCGGGAGUGCAGCAUACAUGACAACAGUGUCCUUAGGAACUUCCUCAGCACCAACGAAGGCAAACUGGACAAGCUCCAGCGUGAUGCCAAGACGGCUGAGGAGGCCUACAAUGCAGUUGUGCGCUACUUCGGUGAGAGUCCCAAGACCACACCCCCUUCUGUAUUCUUCCCGGUAUUUGUCCGAUUCAUUCGUUCUUACAAGGAAGCAGAACAAGAGAACGAAGCUAGAAAGAAGCAGGAGGAGGUAAUGCGGGAGAAGCAGCUGGCUCAGGAAGCCAAGAAACUGGAUGCCAAGACCCCCUCCCAGCGGAACAAGUGGCAACAGCAGGAGCUAAUUGCAGAGUUGAGGAGGCGCCAGGCCAAGGAGCAUCGGCCUGUUUACGAAGGGAAGGACGGUACCAUUGAAGACAUCAUUACAGUGCUGAAGAGUGUCCCUUUCACGGCCCGUACUGCCAAGCGGGGCUCACGCUUCUUCUGCGAUGCAGCCCACCAUGAUGAGUCAAACUGUUAACCCCCAAGGCUGGGGCCCUUGACAGGCCUCCACCACCAGCCCAUUGUCGUUCGCCACCAAGCCAGGAGUGCCGCACCACCCAACGGCCCCCCUCGGGCUCCAGGCCCCCACUAAGGCCCUCUUGGUGGCAGAAGCACUUCAACUCCCAGAGUCCUGCAAGUCCAACCCGUGGACCUGGAGCCCUGGAAUUGGCUGAGGGUGCAGCAGAGAGCUAUGCUGCUUUCAACCCAGCAUCUACCCCAGUGCUCAGAGCUGCGCGUGCCUGAUGUCAGGGGCACUGGGCCUGACACUCCCCUGGUGCCUCUAGUACUGCACUUUGCCCCCAGGAUCUUCUUUUCCUAAAAGGUCACCAAUGGUCAGCUCAGGGCUGGGAAAAAUCAUUUCCAGCCUUAGCCUAUACAGGGGCCCCUAGGCCCUCUGUCACUAGGCCAGAAGGACAAAAGGAGAAAGCGACUAUUCCUUCUGUUUUUCCCCUUCCAUUUUGCAGCUCUGUGGUCAGCUGUGGUCUGGAAGUAUCCAGACUUAGGGAGCUCCAGUACCCUUCCAGUCACAGAUCAUAUUUUACCAGGAGCAAGGCCCACCUAAGCCUGGGCCCCACCCAGCUGUGCCCCGGUGAUAAGGGUAGAGGAGAGAUGCCAUGCCACGCUUACUGCCCUUGGCCCUUUCCACUCUAGGCUGACUCUGUUCUUGUCAAGGUGGGCAGAAGGGUAGAGGUUUUCCCAGCCUCAACCCCAGGAUAGCUAGAGAAAGGGUGUGAUGUCAGCAUCCUCACUUCCUUUCCACAGCAAGGGUUUUUUUUUGUUUUUUGGGGUUUUUUUUGUUUUUUGUUUUUUGUUUUUUUGGCAGGGGACAGGGGGCAUGGUGGUCUUAGCUAUUUUCUCAGUCUCCUGCCAGUUUCUUCUCAGCCCCUGGAGGGGAAUACAGGGAGCCACUUCUUUUUGUACAUGUACCACCUCCCUUCUCCCGUGUACAUAAAUCCCAGACCUUCUUUCUCAACAAAGGCUUGAAGCACCA